AUGGAGGAGGCGGUGGUGAAGCAGGGUGUGCUCUACCUCCAGCUGCAGCAGACCUUCGGGAAGAAAUGGAGGAAGUUCUGGGGCAUCUUGUACCGGGAAAGCUCCUGCUCCACCGCCCUCCUGGAGCUCUUCGAGGGCUCGGUGCCACCGGCCGCCGAGAAGCUGCGGAAGGGUGAGGGCAGCAAGCGGCUGAUCAAGCUGAGCGACUGCGUGCACGUAGCAGAGGUGAGCAGCGAUGCCGGCUGCCCCAAGGAGACCGUCCCCUUCCUGCUGGAGACCACCGACAAGCGGUACCUCUUGGCCACUGACAGCACCCAGGCUGCCGGCUGGAUCCAGAAGCUGUGCGAGUUGGCCUUCCCGAGGAGCAGGGAGGAGCGGGCAGCAGGCAAGGAUGGUCAGCAGAGCUCGCUGGGCACUGACGGCGAGUUCUCCAUGGAGGAAAACUCCCUCUACAGCUCCCGGGGCAAAGCUGGCUUGGAGCAGGCGUUCGAAGUGACGGUGAGGGCCACCGAGUCCUCCGAGCGCUGCCGGCUCUGGGGCCGGUACAUCCUGCGAGCCGGCGAGGAGGCGCUGGAGCUGCUGGAUUUCCAGACCUUGGAGAUCAUCUACAGCUGGCCCUACCACUUCCUGCGGCGCUUCGGGCGGGAUAAGGUGACCUUCUCCUUCGAGGCCGGCCGGCGCUGUGCAUCUGGAGAAGGCAACUUUGAGUUUGAGACCAGGCAAGGCAACGAGAUCUUCCAGGCGAUUGAGUCGGCCAUCAGCGUGCAUCGGGGCCGGGGGGCCGAAGAGCCGCGGUGGGGUAGCCCUGGGGACGAUGCCUCCCGGCCGCUCGGCCAUGCCAAGACGCCCAGCUGGGCGCAGGGGCACGAGGAGCCCGGUGGCACCAAGUGCCCCUCACUGGAGCCCAACCGGGAGGGGAAGGUGCCGAAAGCCAAGCCGGUGAUGCCCCCCAGCAGCUGCCUGGGGGCUGGGGAGCCGUCGGGUGCCUUCCUGCCCUCCCGCGGUGCCGAGUGCCCCUAUGCCGAGCCCUGCAACUCCCUCCACCGGGGAAACCCCCCAGUGCUGGAGAAGGGCCGGAGGCAGGAUGCUCCGGCCAAGGCAGCUGUUGAAUCCGAGUACGCCGUCCCCUUCGACACCAUUGCCAAGAACUUCGUGGCUCUCAAGUUCAGCAGCCUGGUCCGUCGCCCCGAGGAGGUCCCCGACCCCCUCUACGACAGCAUCAGAGAGGCGGGGGAACAAGCGGGCAAGCAGCCCCCGUCGCGCCCCACCACUGCCAAACCUGACCACAUCUAUGACGAGCCCGAGGGUCUGUCCGCUCACACUGUCUACGAUGAGCCCGAGGAGGUGAAGGGGGAGGCGUGGAGGCUGCAGGCGGCCCCGGAGGAGCCCGCCGGGCACGAGUACCCCUACAACCCACAGCGGGACGACUACGCGGUGCCGAAGAGACCUGUCCCUCUCCGGCAACCCUUCCUGCUGCAGGGCAAGGAGUGGCUGGGGGACACCGAGUACGACAAUGUGGCCCUCAAGUUUGCAAAGAAGAGGAACCUGCAGUGA